GGCUCGACACUGCACCGGAUGCGGCUGCGAAUCCCGGAGAAUGGCACCGAGACGGCGACAUCAGCCUACAUUUGCAUACGAAACGGCCGCGGAAGGAUCGGGCUGCGAUGACAGUGCACAAGCUCCUACUGGCGGUGUUUCUGAGCCUGGCGCUAGUCUUCAUCUCGGUCGAUUCGAAGUCGAUUGAUCCUGCACAGCAACAGAACGGUUACACGCCUGAGCAGCGCCUGUGGCUGAAUCCGUGCGGUUAUCCGUCGCCGUACGAAAUCACGAUCAACACCCCGAUUAACGUCGACCUGUCAAAAAUCCGCGAUCAGGUUAAUACGUCGCUCGGUACGAUGGAGGUGUCGAUCAGGAACUACACGAAAACCAUCUUCGGCGUGCCGAUGGAUCGCCACCACACGACAUGGGAGAGUCGAGACGAGCCGUGGAUCUACAAGGACGGCUUGCGAAUACCGAAGAAGUUCCGCAACGACAUCGUCGACAUGAUCUACAUGCGCAUCUCGUACAUGUCGCUCCAGGAGGCGACGCGCGAUUUUUACCGGCUGCUCAAGGACUCGUACCGGCGCUACAUCCGGCUGGCCAAGGGCAUCGAGAAGAUGAAGGAAGAUCUCGAGAACGUGCACAACAAGGCUAAAUACAAGCGGUAUGAGAUUGAGCUACUGAACCAGGUGCGAGAGGAGGUGCGCCAGAGCCUGCAGCAGGUGUUGUGCGAGCUGUUCGAGGUGCUGGUGGUGAUCGACAAGAAGUUCCUGUUCCAAACGCUCCGUGAGGAUCACUCGAUCGACAUCAACGACUCGUACCUGGACGAGAGUGAGCGGAAGUUACGUGACUGGACGAUAUACCGUGAGCUGAUCAACCAGCUCGAGUACAUCAUCCAGUACAUGAAGGCACUGGAGCAGCGGCGCUCGGGGAAUAGUAACCCUAACCAAAGUGCAGAAUAACCGGAAGGCGAGACACAGGAUGAGCACGGUCAUCUAGAGGAGGCUGGGCGUUGGGGACGACGGCUUCCUCGAACUCCUCAUCUACAUCAUAAUCGUCGGGGAUGCGCAGAAAGCAUAGCUGUUACUCGUACACUCGUCCACUAGAGCAAAGUAUUAUUUUAAUUGUGUUAAUUUACGCUACUA